AUGUUCAGCUUCAGCUAUCCCAACGGCGAACCUCAGACCCCGACGAGGACUCCCACGACGGCCGCCUUUGACUCGUUUACGACUCCGAAACUCGAGUCCAGUUUCUUUGACCCUCGAGUCACCUGGGAUACCGCCGACCCGUAUGCUUCUAGUCCUGAGUUCCUCCGCUCUCCGCACAAGCUCGGUAUCAAUUCCUCGUCCAAUGUUUUCAGAGCGGAAACCUCUGCAGAUAGUAGAGAUGGACGGGGCUCGGAAAAUACCGAUACGGCUAGGAGGAUUCGCCCUUUGAAGCCUAUGCCCGCUGUCGGUGAAGACGGUCCGAGGACGGUGGAUUCGGCCAAAUCUGCGGCAUCCAUGCAAACCCCGCCGCCAACCAGUGCGUCAAGACGGAAGAUCCCCGAUUUUGAGUCGAUGGGCAGUGUUGGGAGAGGGACCACACCGCGGGUGGGCAAUCAUUUAGAGACCCCGAGUCGUCUCCUGGGGGUAUCCCCUCGACUGUUCGGCAAUCUGCAGUCUUCGCCAGAUCUGUUCCAACUCGCAUCUCUCGAUCCUGCGGGGUCUCCCUUCUUCCCACAACAACGGCUGUUUUGGGACCAAGAGCAGGAGCCGUCAGUAAAUGGACUGCCGUCCCUAGUCUCGGGUAGAGGCAAUGCUCACGUGGAACGAUCGCCGACUCAUGCCUCUAUACACACGAACAUCCCACAACUACCCGCCAUCGAUGGCUCCAUGGAUCUACCUGAAUUCAGCAGCGGUGGAUUUGGGAUCUCCUCCGCUCCUCCUCCUACCGAUGCUGCUCUGUUUCCCGCUCCUUUUUCGACAUCCCCGCGUAUCCCCGUUGCCAAGGCCGAGGACCCAGCGAUGUUUUUGAGCUCCCCUGCCCGACGGUUUGGUGGGCCUCAAAUCACGCCGGAAAGGCGGCCUGGGAUGAGACAGCCUUAUCACCACCAGAUAGAAGAAUCGAAACGAGAUGAACUUCGUCGGGCUCAGGGCUAUGAAGGCCAACGUCCGGGAUCAUUCUCGAGCUUCUCAGGAGACGAUGAGGAUGAUGAGUUCACACCCCGUGGCCGGCCAGGACUGACUCGGAGUGUGACCCAUACCGCCAUCACGAGCUCUUCCCAUCGUCCACUCAGUCGGUCCAGCGGUAUUAUGGCCACGACGAGUGGAAUUCGCAAGAGUCCUUCCAAGGGCCGGUCCUCGCCCGUCAAAACCAUGAGACCGGCACCGUUAGGUCGGUCGAAUUCCAUCGCCACGGGCAUGCCCACUCGUUCGCAGUCGGUGGUGUUGAAAAUUGGCAAGGAUGGUCGAGCCAAGGCCGAAAUGCAGUCCCUUGAUGAGGGUCCCACGGGGUUGACUGAUCCGUUGACGGGCAUGGACCUGGAUGGUUCUGCCACCGAGAGCGAAGCUGACCCUGCUGAGUACUCUGAAUAUCCGGUUCUGCCUCGCCCACAGUCCUCCUCAUACGGUCUCUUUGACGGCGGUCGGCCAUCCUUCUCCCGUAGUGACUCUGGUUCUCGUCCUCCUUCUAAGGGAUCCUAUGCGUCUACAGUGGGUUCAUCCCACUCGGGACGGAUGUCUCCUUGGGCUGGCUCCUCGCGAGGGGUCUCUAGUCGAUCCACCUAUCGGGGCUCUCCCGAGGCGAUGAAGCGGACGCCAAGCAAGCGGCAUUCAUCCCUGCUACAUUCGGACGCUACAUAUACCCGGGGUAGCGUUGCCUCUCAGACAUUACCGGGCGAAGAGGAUGACAGCGGUGAUGCCACUCAUGCACUUCGACAGGUACUGAAAGAGCGCGGCCGGGGUGCCAGGCCUUCUACUGGUGGUGGCUACGGGGCUCGUCUUCCACGUGCUGCUACCUUUGCUCAUUUACGCUCCUCCCCUCCUCGACUACACAGCGAUUUUGAUAUCCACCCAUCUCAUCAUUCCAACAACUCUCCCACCACCUUGACGGACCCCGACCUGGCGACUCCCAGCACCGACCGCCAUAGCAAUCCCAGCAACGGCACACGGUGCGUUUGCAAUUCGAUGGAUAAUGGCGGCCAUCUCAUGAUUCAAUGGUAA